CACAGAAAUAGAUCACCAUCUCCAGGACUGACAGACUAUACUUGGAAACAUAAAACAGUAUAAAGAGCUAAAGACUCACCUGCGACCUGAAGGAUGGCCUUUUACAUGGGUUCUGGAACAGCAGCUUACACUGAAAGAACAGCCAGCAGUGCUUUUGCAGAACACAACAGAUGGCAAAUUCCCAUUAAACACAAUGUCUUCGAAAUUUUAAAAUCCAGUGAGGGUCAGCUGUGUAAAGUCCUCCAGAAUAAGUUUGGGUGUGUCUCUACCCUGAGCUGUCUGAGUGUAGCAGGAAACAGCGCUCCUCCUGCUCAGCAGGUCUUCAGAAGGAUGCUGACCCCUUGGAUAGAGUUAUCUGUCUGGAAGGAUGACCUCACCAGACAUGUUGUUGAUGCUGUGGUGAAUGCAGCCAAUGAAGAACUUUGGCAUGGAGGUGGCUUGGCUGGAAGCCUGGUGAAAGCUGGUGGCUUUGAAAUCCAAGAAGAAAGCAGAAUAUUCAUUGCCACCUAUGGGAAAGUUCCAACUGGUCAAAUAGCUAUCACAACAGCAGGGAGGCUUCCUUGCAACUGGAUUAUCCAUGCUGUCGGGCCUCGGUGGACAGGCAGCCAGACAUCUAUUUCCCUUCUGAGACCUGCCAUUAAGAACACCCUAGACUAUGUCUGCAUAUGAAAUACACACAUUAAGACGGUAGCAAUUCCAGCCCUGAGCUCUGGAAUUUUCCAAUUUCCUCUGGAUUUGUGUACACACACAAUUUUAGAAACUAUCUUGCUUUAUUUUCAAGAGAAGCAACCCAUCAAUUAUUUGAAAGAGAUUCAUCUGGUGAGCAAUGAGGACCACACUGUUGCAUCCUUUAAAGAUGCAGCGGAAAACAUCCUGGGGAAGAUGGAGCUGAGCCCCAUCAGUCCAGGAACUACCCCUUCUUCCAAUGUGAUGCUUCAAAUUGGCCAGGGCCAGACUCUCCAGAUUGUCCAAGGCUGUAUUGAACUGCAAACAACAGAUGUCAUUGUUAAUUCUGGAUUCAUACACAAUUUUAAAAGUGGACGUGUGUCACAGUCAAUUGUUAAACAAGCAGGGCUUCAAAUGGAAAGGGAACUUGACAAGGUUAAUCUGUCUUCAGAUUACCAGAUGGUACUGGUCACAAAAGGAUUUAAAUUGUCCUGUCAGUAUGUGUUCCAUGUGGCAUGGAAAUUUGAAAAAAAAAAAUUACAGAUAUUGAAAGAUGCGGUGAAGACCUGUCUGGAAAAUUACCUGCAACCAGAUAUAAAUUCCGUUUUUUUUCCUACCCUUGGGACAGGACCCAUUGAGAUAGAGAAGAGUACAGCAGCCAGGAUAAUGGUAGAUGAAAUUUUAGCAUUUUUCAAGACGCACAUGAAGAAAACCCUGACUGUUAGGAUUGUGAUCUUUCCAGUGGAUGUGGAGACAUAAAGGGCUUUUUGUGCUGAAAUGACGAAGAGGUCCAAUGAGUUGAGUCUCAGCAGUAACAGUGUUCUUUCAGUCCCCCAGUGGACCAGAGGGGAGCAAAGAGGUGGACUUGAAGCCGGAUCCCCUGCCAUCAAUCUGAUGGGUGUAAACUCGGAAGAGAUGUGUGAGGCCAAAGAGUGGAUUGAAAGGUUGCUGACUUCUGAGGAACACCACAUCAUCGAGAAUAAUCACAUUCUCUACCUUGGCAAGAAUGAGCAUGACAAGCUGUCUCAGCUCCAGACAGCCUCAGGUGUCUCCAUUUCAGAGACUGUCAGUCCCCUGAAAGCAAUGCUAGAGAUUAGAGGUGCCCAGGCUGACCUCAUUGAAGCAGUAAUGAAUGUUGAGUGUAUGCUGUGUGAAGUUCAGGGAGAAGUGGCAAGAAAAAAGGAGAAAAGUCUUUUGGACUUGUUAGGACAGUGGACCGAUGAGCAAGGAAAACUGGAUGAAAUGGAAACAUCUCACACAUAUCUUCGUUACCCCAUACCUUUAACUCAGGAAAUUGAA